CUCCCCCUCCCCCCGACUCACUCGCCCAUCUCAUCUCAUCUCAUCUCAUAUCUCAUCUCUCUCUCCCCUUUUUUGCGCCCCGCCCCCUCGCAUCCUCCGUAUUCCCUCAUCCGGGACUCCCGCGGCCGCAUCCGACGGCGCCCCGCCCCUCCACGUCGCCGUCGUCUUCCUCCCCCUCUCGCCCACUAUUUAUCCGCGGCUUCCUCCUCUCUUCUCCCUCCCCCUCCUCUCCCCACCGCCGCUCUAGGGUUAGGGUUUCGUGUUUCGUCCCGCCGCCGGGUUCCCGCGAUUCUGGUGCGAGGUGAGGCCAUGGCGAUCGUGAGGAGCAGUGGCGGCGGCAGGGUCCCCAGGCUUGAUGGGGAGGCCUCGCCGGAUGCCACGGAGGAGGAGGAGGAGGAGGAGGAGUCACCUGCGACGCCGUCGCAGGAGUCCGAUGCGGGCGACUUCUCGGGCGGGGAGGAGAACGGCGGCGAUGUUGGGAUGGAGGAGGAGGAGGAGGAGGAUGACGAGGUUGAGGAGGAGGAGGAAGACGAGGAGGACUCUGGGAUGGGGUCCGACGAGCUGGAGAUCACGGAGCUCGGGGAGGCAGGGUCCGAGAUGUGCCAGGUUGGGGACCAGAGUGUUGCCGUGCCGCUCGAGCUCUACGACCUUGCCGGAUUGGGCGACGUGCUCUCGCUCGACGCGUGGAACACCCUGCUGUCCGAGGAGGAGCGGCAACGCCUCGCCGCUCUGCUGCCUGACAUGGAUCAGGAGACCUUUGCGCGCACGCUUGCCGAGCUACUUAGGGGAGACAACUUCCACUUCGGGAGUCCCCUUGCUGCCCUCUUCGACAGGCUCAAAGGAGGCCUAUGUGACCCAAGGAUUGCUCUUUAUCGCCGCGGUACCCGCUUUGCAGAGCGGCGGAAGCAUUACUACAGGCUGCAAAGCUACCACAAUUCCAUGGUCCGGGGUCUCUGGGACGUAAAGGACUGUUGGAAGGGUUGCCAGGGGUACAACAUUAACGAGAAGCUAAGGGCACUGGAUGCCAUGAAAGCACAGCAACAGCAGCAGCAGCAGCAGCAGCAGCAGCAAAAAGCUCAUCUUGGUUUGGGUGGCCGAGCUGGAUCAGAGACUGACUCGGAGAGCAGGGAGUAUGGGGACCCAUCCUUGAUGCGGCUGAAGCCUGAUAAGACAGUAUUGAAGAAAUCAGGGAAGCCUGAGAAGGAGCGGUCUAAGGGUCUGUUGCGCUUGGGAGCGCCAAAAGGUUUGGGCGAGGAGUACAUUGGAGGGGCUGGCCGUGAUGCUGCUAUGGCACUCUCCGAGCUUUCUCGCCAAGAUAACGCCUAUGGCUAUGAUUCAGGAGUCAUGCGCAGAGGGAAGCCUCGCAGGAGUCAGCAAGGCCUUCAUUCCGAGGAGUUGGGAGAUGACAGGGAUUUGCGAAUGAUUCGUUCUCAUAGGCCAAUGCCGAAGCCAGGAAAGAAGGAAUUGGCUGCAAGCUAUGAUGGAAAUUUGUAUGGAAACAACUACCACGAGAACCAAAAUGGUUCUUCUUACUACUAUGGCAGGAAUGCCAAUGCUAAUCAGGGAGUUACCGUAGCAGCAGCAUAUGAUCGUCCAUAUUUUGAUACAGCAAAGAAUGCAAAGUACUCUGACAGAGAUUGGAUGUAUGGUGGACAAGGUAUGUCGAGUAAAGCUCUGAAAGGGGAUGAGAUGGAUUGGCCAGCUGGUAGCUAUGCCGGUAGCAUGAAUGACUGGCAGAGAGGGCAGUCUGCAGGCGAUUACAGGAGCAGAAAAACUCAAGCUGGUCAUGGUCUGAAGGUUAAGUCUUAUAAAAGUAUUGAGAAACAAAUUAGUGAUGCAAAUUUUGGGUCUGAUCAUAGAGGCAAGAUACCGGGGAAGAUCAAAGGUAAAUCCACUAGUCAGUAUGACAGAAUUGGCCAGAAGUACUCGAGGAGCAAUGCUGUCUACACUCAGAGUGAGGAGACAGAAUCCGAUUCAUCGGAAAAGUUUGAAGGUGGAGGGGACAUGGAUCUUAAAAGGCAGCCAGAACACCAUUCUGGGUCUCAUAGACCAGCAUAUAGUGCCAAAAAAUUGAACAAGCUUCCUAAAGCUUCCAAAGUAAAUUAUCCAACUGCUACUGAAGAUUUUGAACCCUACCAGAGUAAAGGGACUCACAGAGUAAAUGUUACAGAGUCUGAUUAUUUACGUGAUGUGCAUGUCACAGAGACAGAACAGAUUAGUGAAAUGAUGAGGCCUCCAGCAGCAAGGGGUGAAAGAAAGCGGAAAGUAAUGGCCAGUGUCGAUACACAUGAUCAUGGAAACACUGAGUUGCCUGACAGCAAUGAGAAUGCUGAUGAAUCACUCAGGUCACCAGAGAAUGGUGAGAGGCUAGCCAGUGGAUCAGGCUGUGUUGAUUCUAAUGGUGAUGUUGAAAAAAAGAAGAUGCCAUUGGCAAGUUGCAGCUCUGGAUCCAAAAAGCAGAAAAGAAGGGUUGAAGCUACAAGCCCGGCCGAACAUGGUGAGGACGCGCCAUCUGCUCCAAAGUUGGUGGAGAACAGCAGUAGCUCAAAGAAGAAAGGUAAAAAGAAGCCAGCUGCUCCAGAGGCUGUCACGGAUGCAGUUGUUGUAGAUGAACCAGCUCCUGUCUUGCCAGAAGUAAAUGUGGUAGUGGUAGAACCUGAGAAACCAAAGAAAAAAUAUGUACCAAUCACACCAACUAUCCACACUGGGUUUUCAUUCUCUAUUGUGCAUCUUCUAACUGCUGUAAGGAAGGCUAUGGCCACCCCUACUGAGGAUACUCUGUCGGCCAAGCAACCUGACGGGGAGGAGAGCAGAAAAUGCUUCAACAAUGAAGAACAUUGCAAAACGCCUCAAGAUCCAAGUGCAACAGAGCAAGCCCAACAGGGUCAUGAGGCUGUAGAUGCCAGUGGUCCAGAGAAAGCCCAACAAGGUCACGAGACUGCAGAUGCCAGUGCCGCAGAGCAGACCACGCCGAGCAAUUUGCCAGCGUUCACCGUUCAAGAGAUUGUUACUCGGAUUAGAUCAAAUCCCAGUGACCCUAAUAUACUUGAAACACAAGAGCCACUUCAGGAUUUAGUUCGAGGAGUAUUAAAGAUACUCUCAUCUAGAACAGCUCCACUAGGUGCAAAGGGAUGGAAAGCACUGGUUUCCUAUGACAAGUCAAACAAAAGCUGGCUUUGGGUUGGCCCACUGCCUUCUGGUUCUUCAGAUGGUGAUCCUAAUGAAGAAACUUCUCCUGAUGCAUGGGGUAUACCACACAAAAUGCUUGUGAAGUUGGUUGACGCAUUUGCUAACUGGCUGAAAAGUGGUCAGGAAACCCUUAAGCAGAUAGGAUCCCUUCCACCACCUCCGGCACCAGAUCCUGCAAACUUGGAUUUGAAGGAAAGGUUCAAGGACCUUAGAGCCCAGAAAAGUCUAAACACAAUUAGUCCAAGCUCGGAGGAAGCAAGAGCGUAUUUCCAGCGUGAAGAAUUUUUGAGGUACUCAAUUCCUGAUAGAGCCUUUUGCUAUACUGCUGCUGAUGGGGAGAAAUCUAUAGUUGCUCCCUUGAGAAGGGGAGGUGGCAAGCCUACAGCAAAAGCUAGGGGACACCCCAUGCUCUUACCUGAUCGCCCGCCUCAUGUCACUAUUCUCUGUCUUGUAAGAGAUGCUGCUGCCAGGUUGCCUGCAAGAACUGGAACAAGAGCUGAUGUGUGCACACUUCUCAAAGAUUCACAGUAUCUAAACCACGAAGAAUCUAAUAAAGAGGCUGCUGUUAACCAAGUUGUCAGCGGUGCUCUUGAUCGUCUGCAUUAUGAGCGCGAUCCUUGUGUACUGUAUGACAAUGACAAAAAAUUGUGGACCUACCUGCACAGGGGUAGAGAGGAGGAAGAUUUUGAGGAUGAUGGCACAUCGUCUACCAAAAAAUGGAAGAGACCAAGGAAAGAGUCGGAUCCUGCAGACCCUGGAAACGAUGAUUUAGAGGAUGAUGGUACCCCUACUGCAAGCGAUGCGAAAAAACAAAAGACAGAUUCUACAGCAUCAGGAGAAGAUAAGGAUAGUGAGGAUCCUGCAAUUCAGGACCCUUCUGCUGGUGAUUUGGAAGGCGAUCCUGACCCUGAUCAUUAGCUAAGGGUAUAAAGCAGCAUCCAGCGACCAGCUUUCAUGUUGCUGUAUUAAUCUAUGUGUUGACACCACCUUAUCAGUGUAUCAGGCCUCAAUUCCGACACAAUGUUUUGUAGUUGAAAUAGGUUUUUCAACCCGUGUUUGUACAUUCACCUCAUGAAACAAGCUUUCAUAGUUUUUCUUUCUCUAGUGGCAUGCAGAUGUGCUAUGAUUUUAAUUCAAAUGCUUGAUCAUAUCUGUGUCCACUCCAUUCUUGAAUACCAUAGUGGCAGACCCAUGCAUCAUGCAUGUGCUUCAUUUUCAACUGAAGUUCACUUAUGUACAUAAUUGGUCCACUUCAAUUGACACGAAAGAAGAUUGAAAUAUGAUCAUAUGUGCAUCGAUGACUAUUAUUAUUGUUUA